CAUUUAAACUACUGAUGCCUCAACUAAUGUAAUGUUAUUGGUAUCUCGGCUUAUACUGGAGUCAAUGUUUUCCCAUUUUUUGAGGUCAAAUUAGGUGCCUUGGCUUAUAUUCGGGUCGGCUUAUACUCGAGUAUAUACGGUACAUAGAUUAAAAGACAUAGGCAUAAGAUUGAAUACAUUAGAAUCAGUGUGCCAAUGAAAUGGAAGCUACAAUUUGUAGGUUAGAAUUGGCUGGCUUGGCUGGCCAGAAGAGAGAAGUCUUCAAUUUGAAGUUCCGUGUUAAAUGAUGCAUCCUCUGCAGUGGCCCCGGGGUUGCCUUUCGAGUGGAAAACACCAAGAUCCGCCCAUAAAGACCAUGCAUUGGCUAGGACUUUUCAAGGGGAAGCGAUUGUCUUAUUAUUCACUCCUUGUCAUACAGAUAUUUCCACCCCUUCUCCCUUCCCUUGGUGUUGAUGAUACUGAAGUUCGCCAGGUGCAAACUGACUCAAGAAGGGAGGACAGCUCCCAGUCUGAUAGCAUGCAGACAGACGCUAAUGCUAACGAGCUGUCUGGCCUUGACGAAACGGAAUCUUUAGAUGAGCAGGCCGUUUGGAAUUCAGGAUUCGCAGGAGUGCUAGACUAGCAAACAAGAGGGAGGUCAGAGGCCAAAGAAAUGCUUUCAUGCUAUGCAAAGGGUAUUAAAACAGUGUGCUGAGAGAGAAACCUUUGUCAAAGCAACUUCUCGCUCAAGUCAAGAAGCAAGCUCUCGCUUUCCUGGAUUAUCAAAGCCUUGUGUGUUCAUGUUCAUGGGACUUUGUCAUGCAUUAAUGGAACCUUGUUUUAUGCUUUAUGUUUUCUUGGAUUAUUCUUUUAAGCUUCGUUUUGCAACAAUCUUUUGGAACUUUACUUUUGCUUUUUAAGAUCUAUUUAUUUCCUAUUUCCUAAUAAACUACAAAAGACUUCAACCUGUGUACAGCCUGGUGUAUUUAGCAACGUGAAGCUAACCUGAGAUGCGACAUGCAGCAUAUUUCUUGCUGAUGUUGUUCCAAAAAUGUUGUAAAUGACCCGCAAGUUAUUUUCCAGCUAAAACCUGCUGAUUCCAUCAGUUCCAGACAGAUGUUGGCUUUCCUUCUGAAAGGAUGUUGGUUUGCCUUCUCAAGACAAAGGAACCACUCUGUUGACUUCCUUAACUUAAAAGCAUCAUUGUUUCUGGUAAUGUGAACAUGUUGUUUUCCACCACAGAGUUAAUAAUUGUCAUGAAUGACAGCAACUUUUAAUUAUAGUUCACGCAUUCUUCACCUCCUUUUGUAGUUUUCCAGGCCUCAUUUCUUAGGAUGGCAUCUUUAGGAUCUACAGGUCCCAUCCAUAUAUCUUUCAUACGAUUUCAUUCAAACCACACAAAAUAUUUUAUCACAGAGAUGCCCCUUGUGAUGUCACAACAAAGUCCAGCCCCCAUGAUGUCAUGAAAGAAGACACCUGGCGCAUCACCUGCACUGGCACGGAGGAGCCCGUUCAAGUAAAUGGGGGGGAAAGUGUGAGCAAACCAUUUUCAAGGCAGUGCUCUCGCCCUGAGAUUCCUUCCCCUUGAACGAGACCCUUCUAUGAGCCAACGGUUCCUGGCCUCCUGCACCACAGCAUCCUAUGCGCCCAACUCAUAAGUCGCACACACCUCCUACCUUGCUAUGACCUUUGCUUUGCUCUUCCUUCUCCGAUUUAGGACUUGGCCCCCGGAUUAAUCCAUGAGGACUGCGAUGCCUGCGAUCCUCUUCAUUUUGGGAUUAUCUCAGUAUGUCCUCCAAGUGCGGGCCUCGUGGGGCGCCUCGUACCCGGAGAGACUGCAGGGCGUGCGGGGCUCCUGCGUGGUCAUCCCCUGCACCUUCUCCUUCCCGGACAACGUGGCCGUCCCCCGCGAGGGCAUCACCGCCAUCUGGUACAAGGACCAGGCCGGGCAGAAGGUGGUGGCCUUCCACUCCUCCAGCCCCGCCACAGCCGAGGCCCAGUUCCGGGACCGCAUACAGCUGCUGGGAGACCCUCUCCGGCGCAACUGCACCCUGCUCCUCAGGGGCCUCACCAGGCAGGACGCCGGCGGCUACAACUUCCGCUUCGAGAUCAGCGAAGGCAACCGCUGGACUCAGCAGAAGGCCGUUCAGCUGACCGUGGCUGACGCCCCUGAGAGGCCCAGCGUCUCCUCCCCAGAUGAGCUCCGCGAGGGGCUUCCGGCGGAAUUCAGGUGCUCCAGCCCCUACGUUUGUCCCUUCGACGAAAGCAGCACCCUGAGGUGGGUUGGCUACGUCUCGGAGGCCGCACAGGUAACUGAGGAGGUCCAGCUGGACACCAGCGGAGCGGUCAAGCGCCAGACCCUCCGGAUGUCUCCCUCCUGGAAGGACCACGGGCAGAAGCUCAGCUGCGAGGUCUCCGUCGGGGGACAGACGGCGGCAGGGAGGCUCACCCUCAGCGUCAAACAUGUCCCCAAAGGGGUGACGGUGUCGCUGAGCCCCUCCGCGAAGAACAUCCGGGUGGGAGACGAGGCCUCGCUCACCUGUGGGGUCAACAGCAGCUUCCCGGGAGUCAGUGCUUACAAGUGGUUCAGGGACGGCCUCCUCCUCCCUGGAAGCGCGCAGGUGAAGACUUUCCGGAGCGUGGCCCGCGGGGAUUAUGGGCUCUACCGCUGUGAGGCCGAGAACCCCGUGGGCAGCGGAGCGGCAGAGGGCGUCACGCUCUACGUUUUCUCUGCGGUGUUGUCGGUGAGCCCUUCCUCUGACAUCCAGGAAGGGGAAGCGGUCACCUUGACCUGCGAUGUCCCCGGGGAAGAGGGGCAAGGCAUCCAUUACAGCUGGUACAAGAACAACCUCUGGAUCAAGGAGGGCAUGGCGCGGAGCCUCGUCUUCCAGGAGGCCGCGGUCGGAGACACUGGCUACUACUCCUGCAAAGUGCAGAACGACAAGGGGAGCGAGGCCUCCCAGGCCCUCCCGCUGAACAUCCUCUACCCUCCCAGGACCCCUUCGCUGGCCUUGUUCCAGGAGGCGCAGGAGGGCCGCUCGGCCAUCAUCCACUGCACGGUGGACAGCAACCCUGCCUCCUCCUUGAGCCUCUUCCGAGCCCAGCGCCUCUUGGCCUCCACCAGUUCGCACUCGGCACCCAGCCAGAGGGUCAGCGUCUCCUCCACCCGCAACUCCUUGAAGCUGGAGAUCCGGGAGGUGGUUCCAGAGGACGAGGGCGAAUACCGCUGCCUGGCCACCAACCCCCUCGGAAACACCACCGCCGAGCGAUUCUUUGGCGCCCAAACGGCCAGGGUGGUGGUCCAACCCUCCAAGGAGCUUCCGGAAGGUGCGCGGGUCUCUCUCACCUGUGUGGCCACCAUGACCCCUGGAGAGGAGCCCAGCUUCACCUGGUACAAGAACGGCAAGUGGCUCCAAGAAGGCAAGGAGGACACCCUCGUCUUCCCGGCAGCCAAGGGCAGCGAUUCUGGCACUUUCCAUUGUGCGGCCCAGAGCACGGGAGGCCUGCGCACAUCCCCACCCGUCGCACUGCGUGUCUUCUACGCUCCCCGCCAACCGGUGUUGACCUCCUUCCUGGAGACGCAGGGGGGCCGCCUGGGGGUCAUCCAGUGCGCGGUGGACAGCGACCCCCCCUCCGAGGUGGCCUUGUUCAAGGGCGACGCCCUCCUGGGCUCCAGCACCGGAAGCCCCGCCUCCUCUGACCCCCGAGUGACCGUGUCCGCCACCCACAACACCCUGAAGGCCACCAUCAAGGACCUGGGCCUGGAGGACGAAGGGCAAUACGUCUGCAGUGCGCAGAACCGCUACGGAGAGGCCAGCACUUCCAUCGACUUUGUGGCAGAAACGGCCCGGAUCCUGGCCUCGCCGUCCUCCUCGGUGCGCGAAGGGGAGGCCGCCCGCCUGUCCUGCCUCCUCACGGGUGGUGGCAACACUUCCGCCUCUUCCGCCAACUUCACCUGGUUCAAGGACGCUCUCCCUCUUUCGGAGGCCUCGGGGGAUUCCCUGGAGUUCCUCCCUGUCUCCCGGAAGGAUGCUGGGACAUAUCGCUGCCGCGUGGAGACUCCAACGGCCAGCAAGAGCUCUGAUCCCAUCGCUCUCUCCGUUCACUACCCUCCUGGGGAACCCGAAGUGGCCGUCUUCGUGGAGACCAAGAGGGGACGGGUGGCCGUCUUCCAGGUCUCUGUGGACAGCAAGCCCCCGGCCCAGUUUGCCCUGUACAAAGGGAGCGACCUCGUGGCCUCUGGCGGCGCAAGGGCCCGCGGGCAACCCGAGCGCAUCGGCAUCACGUCCCAAGGCCCCAACGCCAUUCGGGUGGAGAUGCGAGACGUGGUCCCGGGGGACGAAGGCGGCUACAACGUCACGGCCACCAACCCCUACGGCUCCUCCUCACGGCCUUUCUACUUCCACGUCCAGACGGCCCGGGUCCUGGUCUCCCCGUCUCCGGAGGUGCGGGAAGGAGGCUCCCUCAGCCUCACCUGCGACGUGAUGGGAAGCGCCCCGGAGGAGUCCACCUUCUCCUGGUUCCGGAACGGGAAGCGGGUUCAAGGGGGAAGCAGCAGCAGAAGCCGCAGCAGUGACAACACACUGGCCUUCCAAAGCAUCACCAGCAAAGAGACCGGAUCCUACUACUGCAAGGUCCAAGCGCCUGAUGGCACUGGGAUCAACGUCUCCCCGUCGGUCGGCAUCACCGUCAUGUACCCUCCCCGGAAGCCCCAGGUGACCUCUUUCCUCGGGACGGAGGGCCGGCCAAUGGCGGUCCUGCAGUGCGUGGUCGAGAGCGAGCCCCAGGCCCUCCUGGAAAUCUCCAAAGGGAAGCAAGUCCUGGCCUCCAGCGCCAGCCCCACUCACAGCCCCCGAAUCAAGGCCUCUGCCGCCUAUAACAGCCUGCGCAUGGAGAUCUGGGACGUGGUGAUGGAGGACGAAGGGGAGUACAACUGCGCCGCCAGCAACGCCUUGGGAAAGGCCAGCUCCAGCACCACCUUCACUGCAAACGUGGCAAAGGUCUGGAUCUCUCCUCCGGACGUCCUGGAAGGGAACGCGGUGAACUUGACCUGCGCAGUGGACAGCAGCGCGGAAAGCGGGUUGCAUUACACUUGGUAUAAGGACGGCCGACGGUGCGCGGAGGGCCCUUCCAAGACCCUGGUGCUGCCCCAGGCCACAGUGGCCGAUGCUGGGACCUAUUACUGCUCCGUGAAGACGCAGGGAACGCUUCGGAACUCCACCUUGGGCACCCUGGCCGUCCUCUAUCCUCCCAGGAACGUUCGUGUGCAGUCCUUCGUGGAGACCCAGAAGGGGAGGCUGGCGGCCAUCGAGUGCUCCGUGGAGAGCAGCCCACCCUCAACGCUGUCACUCCGCCGAGGGGAGACUGUCCUGGCCUCCAGCGCCUUCCAAGGGAAUCCGGCCCCGGAGCAGAGGAUACAGAGAGCGGCCUCCACCCCAAACACCUUGCGGGUGGAGAUCUCAGGGGUCGGCCCAGAGGACCAAGGGGACUACGAGUGCCGGGCCAGCAAUGCCUUUGGACAGGCCAGCGCCUCUCUGGACUUCACCGUGGAGACCACCCGGGUGGUGAUCCGUCCCGGUCCGGAGGUGCGCGAAGGAAGCCCGGCCUCGCUCACCUGCGACGACGAAGGCUCCUCCUCCUCCUCCUCCUCCUCCUCCUCCUCCUCGGGGACCCUGUUCACCUGGUACAAGGACGCCAGGUGGGUCUCCCAGGGUCCCGCCCCCUCCCUCCUGAUCCAGGCCGCCUCCACCGCAGACAUCGGCGCCUAUUCCUGCCAAGUCCAGAGCCAAGAAGGCCGCCGGGCCUCUCCGCCCGUCACCCUGCACGUGCUCUAUGCUCCCAAGAGGCCCUCCGUGACCUCCUUCCUGGAGACGCAGGCCGGGAACCGGGCGGUCAUCCAGUGCCAAGUGGAGAGCUACCCGCCUUCGGAGUUGACCUUGUCCAGAGAAGGCAAGGCGGUGGCUUCCAGCCGUGGUCCCGAGGCCCGGCCAGACCGGCGCCUGAGGGCCCACUGGGCCCAGAACUCCCUGCAACUGGAGAUCCAGGAGGUCCUCUUGCAGGACGAGGGGCACUACCGCUGCCUGGCCAACAACACUUACGGGAGAUCCGAGGCCUCCAUACACUUCAGUGUGGAAAGCGCAAGGGUCGCCCUCGAUCCAGGGCCGGACGCACAGGAAGGCACCUCGGCCACCUUGACCUGCGCGGUGUCCAGACGGGCCUCUGGUGCCAUGAACUACACCUGGUUCAGGAAUGGGAGACACGUCCACGAGGGCCCCGACCCACAGCUCCUCCUGGGCAGUGUGGCCAGAGCAGAUGCUGGCUCCUACCAGUGCCGGGCGGACGGCGCUGCUGGACAAGUGACCUCUCCCUUGGUCAGCCUGAACGUGCUCUAUCCACCCGACAGGCCCUCCCUGGGCGCCUACCUGGACAACCAAGAGGGGAAGGUGGGCAUCAUUUCCUGCCAAGUGGACAGCCACCCCCGCUCCUGGCUGGCCAUCUACAAAGGAGGCCGGCUGCUGGCCAGCACCAAUGGCUCCCAGUCUCUGGCCGGACACCGCUUUGUGGCCUUCCCAUCCUAUAAUAACUUGAGAGUGGAGAUUCGGGACGUUGUGGCGGGAGAUUCGGGGCCUUACGUCUGCCAGGCUGGCAACCGAUUUGGAGAAGCAACAGGCACCAUUGACUUCAGUGCAAAGACACUUUCCCAGCUCCGCUUGUUCAAGAUCCUGGCUGGACUCUUCGUUGCCUUGGUUUGCCUGGCUCUUCUUUCCGGUCUGGUCUUUGGGAUGAUAAAGAACUGGCGCUGGAUGACCAAGGGCUUCCUGGGAUGGAAGGAGCGGCAGCGCAAGAGCCCCAAAGUGGUGGAGAUGGAGGAGAAGGAGGAGGAGGAGGAGGAGGAGACUGUCCAGCUGAGUGACCAAACAGCAGUGAGUGACCAAAUGGCAGAGACUCCUCCGUCUUCGGGACGCUUCUGCUUGUCUUAUCGGCGGCUGCUGCAGGUAAAGGCAGAUAAGACCACCCCCAAAGAAGGGGACCCCGAGCAGAAUUUCACCAGCACCGUGUGAGGAAUUGGAGCCAGAACCCAUUGGAGGAGGACUUUGCCAACUGUGGAAGGACAUCUGUUUGGACGUGAGCCAUGGACCCCGGAACAAGGUGGCCAGAGUCCCACUCAAACAAAGCCAGGCUAUUUUUUUUUGGGGGGGGGCAAAAUUUGGACCCCCCAAUGGACGGAGCUGGGCCUCUGCAUGCAUUAUUACCCAACAGAAGUGCCGGAAAUGGUCAAGCACUGGCAAGGAUGAAAGGGGUGUUGACACAGUAGGAUGAAUGCAGAUUGAUGCUACUUGAACUGUCCUGGCCCAAGGCUAUGGAAUACAGGGAAGUGCGGUUUAGCAAGGCGCCAGAGAAGACUAAAGCCCUUGUGGAACUACAACAUCGUCUUUUCGCAUUCCGUCGGGGCAGAUGAAGUGGGACCAAACCACGUUAAUCCUGCAGUCUAGGUGCACCGUAAGACAAUGUUUUGUAAAGGAGUUUCUCCCCAAAAUAUCAAAGGUCGCCUUCCUAUCACCCAUCCAUCCUAGGCACGCUUCCUCAAGAGGAGCGCAUGGAGAGGACGAUGCUCCCUGUGGAGUCUUCAUGUUUCAGGGCGCUUCAGUAAUGAUAACGGGUGAGAACGGUCCUGCCUCCAAGGAAGCCACAUCUUGGGGUUGAGCAGCCACCUUGCAAACGCUUCCAUGUUCCCCACGUGUUUUGAUUCUGCUUUUCCUGCAUGGCAGGGGGUUGGACUAGAUGGUCCAUGGGGUCCCUUCUGUCAGGGGUUAAUCGCCACCCUGACUUAUUUAUGAGUCAGGUCUCUCACCUUCUUCUCACCAGUCAGGCCACUUAGGCAUCCGGCAAAAAGUGGCACCGACAAAACGACACCUCAUUUGUAAAUUAUCUGCUGAUCCCAGUGGUUCAAUACUUUUAUUUACAAGCUAUAUACAACUCUAAACACCAUCACUGUCAGGACACAUGUUCCCCAGCAAGGGCAAAGCAUGGCACUUCCUCUCAGUUCGCCGAGUCUGCUAUCAGUGCUAGCAAGGCACUCCCAACAUUCCACAGUUCAUGAGGAAUGUUCCGUCCACCCAGUUGAAGGAAGUCUUGACCCAUUGGCCCUGCAGGCAAUCAAUCAGGGCUGGCUUGUAAUUAACUCCUGUGCUGCUGGAAAAUUUGUCGGAACACAUAGAAACAAUCCAACAGCAACAACUGAAUUUAACAUUUCACACUCUAACAUACAAAACACUGACACCUUCCCACUCUGCCAAUUAUUCUAUGACUCUAAGAGCCCACAUCCUUUCCUUUCCAUGCGUCCUGUUUUCCACUGGUAUGAGAAUGUCAUAGGUCAUCUUUAAAUUCCAGAUAUCAAAGGUCACCUUUCUGUCAUCCAUCCAUCCUAGGCACACUUCAUCAAGAAGAGCGCAUGGAGAGGAUGGUGCUCUUGUGGAGUAUUCAUGUUUCAUGUGCCAACAUGGCAGUCCCCCUUGAGCCAUCAUUAGGGCACCCAUGAGGCCAUGCUCAGGCCAACGUCCAGUGUUCUGGCUAUGGCCAUCUGGGCCAAGACCAGCACCAUCCUUGCUGACCCAUCAAGAACAUGAGCUCAACAAAGAAUCAGAAAUGACUUGUGUGGUUCAAAUUCCCACCUUGUGGAGUUAACACUAAAUUGUGCCAUUUCACAAAACUGAUGUGCAAGCAAAGAUUUCUGCAAUUUCUGCAAGGACAGGUGGAUGCGCAUUGGCUGAAAGUGCACAAAUUACCUGUAAAUUGUAUUAGCGCACCAGUGGCGCCAUGCUGGACAUUGCGCAACUGAAUGCGCCAGCAAAGGAGCACAACUGCCCAUUACAGUAAUGGCAGCACUGGCUGGGAUUGCGCAUCUUGCCUGCGCAUCUCUGGGCAAACGUAUCCAGCGCCUUCCACCGCAUAACUCACUCGUGUUUAAGAACCCAACUUCUUGCAUCAAUGUACAGUUCAUCCCAUUUUGAACCAGAGGCGACCUUGUGUCAACACAUUCAUCACAAAUAAAGAACGCAGUCAAAGAA